AUGAGCAUGGACCAGGGUCAUGCCGCUCACCUCCAAACUGACAACGAGUUCCUCCGCAGCCUCGUGCAGCAAACGCAACGAGAGAAGCGCGCUUUGAUGGACACAAUUGAGGCUCUCCAAGCAGAAAAAUCUCAGAUGACCUCGCAAAUCGAAAACAUGAAUCAGGAGCGCAGCGCGUUACUCACAGAGCGGGAAAUCCUACAUGCUACAAUCAAGAAGUUGCAAUUCCCUGCUGGUGCGAACCCUUUUGCCCAGAGUCAUGGUCACGUUGUACCGAUGAGAUCUCCGAGUGCAACAACCUUUCCAAGCAACAAUCCCUGGGGUGCGAUCGGAAGUGGGAGUCGAGGAAGUAGCACGAGUCCUAUCUGCACUCCUCUUGACAGCCCUGCCAUGCAACCACGCAGUUUCAGUAUCGCAGCUCCCGUCGGUCCGGUGGGCAGCAUCCCUGUUCAUCCCGGCGGCGGCGCAAUGAGAACGAGUACGAAAACUACCUCUGAUUCAACCCUGGACUCCACAGUGCCGACACAUCCUGCAGUCAAUGGCAAUGGCAGUAGCGUUAAGCGAGGAAAUAUAAAGACAGAUGCGCAAGUCGAUGACACUCUUGUCUCCAGCAAUGUGGAAGGCGAGAGACUCAAGAACUUGUUGAGCAGCUUGGGCCCGACUUUCUAA